UGAACUGUGAGCCCCGCGUUUACGUCGCAGGAGUGAGAAUGUGUGAAUGUUCACGAAGAUUAUGAACUGCGAACGGGGAAAACGUGCACGCUUUUAACCCCCACUCCAUCUGACCUGCAGUUUGGAUUUUGACCCAGAUCAGUGAUAUUCGGUCACUUCUUCUCCACAGGCUCGCUUUCAGAAGUUAAAGUGGAAGAAGCGACCGCGGAUCGAUCAGCGGAGGUUUGCUGGGGGUGUAACCGCGUUGAGACGUUCUGAGGUCGGUCACUGAGUGUAGGAGCGGCCGUUGGACUCACACCCACCCGCAUGAGCUCCACACGGACUUUUAUGACUCUGCUGCCCAGUCCGGUUGAUCCCGGAGAGCAUGAGCCGAGAUGAGCCAGAGAGACACACUCGUGCAUCUGUUUGCUGGAGGAUGUGGAGGCACGGUGGGUGCGAUCCUGACAUGUCCAUUAGAGGUGGUGAAGACGAGGCUUCAGUCUUCCUCAAUAACGCUCUGCAUCUCUGAGGUGCAUCUGAGCACUGUUAAUGGAGCCAGCGUGGCCCGUGUGGCCCCUCCGGGACCCCUUCACUGCCUCAGAAUAAUUCUUGAGAAGGAAGGGCCUCGUUCUUUAUUCCGGGGUCUGGGGCCAAAUCUAAUUGGCGUGGCUCCUUCACGGGCCAUUUAUUUUGCCGCCUAUUCCAGUGCAAAGGAGAAACUGAACUGUGUGUUUGAACCAGACUCCACAGGCUUGCACAUGGCGUCUGCUGGGAUUGCAGGAUUUACAGCCAUAACAGCAACCAACCCGAUUUGGUUGAUAAAGACGCGUCUGCAAUUGGAUGCCAGGAGCCGGGGGGAGCGCCGUAUGAAUGCUUUCGAGUGUGUGCGGCGUGUGUAUCAAACUGAUGGUGUCCGCGGGUUUUACCGUGGCAUGUCGGCAUCAUAUGCAGGCAUCUCAGAGACUGUGAUUCACUUUGUGAUUUAUGAAAGCAUCAAACGGCGUCUUUCAGAGGCCAAAGCAGCGACGCACAUGAACGAGGACGAGGACAGAGCCAAGAGCGCAUCUGACUUUGUCGGCAUGAUGUUGGCAGCCGCUACAUCGAAAACCUGCGCCACCUGCAUAGCCUAUCCACACGAGGUCAUCCGUACACGUCUGAGAGAAGAAGGCACCAAAUACCGCUCGUUCUUCCAGAGCCUCAACCUGGUGAUCCAAGAGGAAAGCUAUCGAGCUCUAUACCGAGGACUCACCACACACCUGGUCAGACAGAUCCCCAACACGGCUAUCAUGAUGUGCACGUAUGAGUUUGUAGUCUACCUGCUGGACGGCUGAUCCUGGACCAAACCUUCGCAGUUUUAGUGUGUGUGGGAGGAAAAUGUUUAAAGAAACGCUUAAAGACUAAAAAUAAGUUGGCGCCAAGAAAGAAACGUCGUUAUUUCUUACUUUUCCUUCCAUUUUUUUGUCUGGGUAGAGAUGAAAUUCUAACAGCACUUCUAGAGCUGAAUGUGGAUUUAUUUCUGUCAGAGAAGCAGUUGUUGUGUUGGCAGGUCAUCGAGGGUUUUGUGAUGACCAUCAAAAGCUUCACAGGAUUUGUCUCCAACUCUGAGAUGGAGACAAACGGGAGACGAUUUACACCGAGGCUCUGUUUUUAUCUGGAAACGGUCGGUUUGGUUGCACUUACACCACGCAAUAUCAAUGCAAAAACAUCCUACAUAGGUGCAUGUCCACACAUAUAUGCAAAAAGAGCGUGUUUUGACACUGUAUGAAAGACUGUGUGUGUGUGUGUUAGUCUUUUAUGUGUUUGUGUUUUGUUUUUGAAUUUAGCUCACACUUAUUGUUGACGCACAAAGAAAUCAUUAAACUACAGGGUGGGCCAUUUAUAUGGAUAAACCUUAAUGAAAUUGGGAAUGGUUGGUGAUAUUAACGUCCUGUUUGCGGCACAU